UAAAUGCCGUUGCCUGCACCUCCAGCUCUGUGGACGGAGAAACGCAUGUUCGCUCGGCUGGGGACAAUAAGGCGCCAGCUGGCCAGAAAGUGAGGAAGGGCCCAGGAAAGCCCCGCUCCCCCAGGCUUUGUGACAACAGUGCCGAGUCACAGAGGUCCUGCCUGUCCCUGAGAGAAGCUUCUUCCCCUUCCUGGGCGCCCUGGCCCCUGGGGCAGAGUUUUGCCCGGGUGGGGCUGAAGGGGGAGGAUGCAGUUCCUUGGAACCACUCAGACCGCCAGUUAUUGUGGCCCCAGGAAAGCCUCUGGCUUUGGUGUGCUGCCUCCAGCUGUGCAGGCUCCUGUGGUCCAGGAAUGUUACCAGCCCUAUUACCUGCCUGGGUAUCGCUACCUCAACUCGUGGAGACCCAGCCUCCUCUGCAAGGUGUCUGAUGUCCAGACCUGCCCAGACGAGGGAACCACGUGCAGAAGCCCCCUGAGGCCGCCCACCAUCCUGCCCGUGCUCCACUCCACGCUCUUCUGUCGCCACAGCCCCCGUGACUGGGACCAGACCAACCAGCUGCAGAUCGGCGGGGCCGAGGCCUCACGGCUGUGGGCUGGCCGGCUGAUGGGCGACUCCAUGCGGCUCAUGCAGGACAAGGACCAGCUGACACGCCAGAUGCAGGAGGGGACCUGCCGGAACCUGGGCCAGAGGCUCUCGGAUAUCAACUUCUGGAAGUCUGAGCUGAGCUAUGAGCUGGAGAGGCUGCUGAACGAGAACCACGGCAUGGAGAAGGUCAAGAGGCGGUUGGAGUGCGCGGCCGAGGAGGUGAACUGUCCCCUGCAGGUGGCCCUCGAGUGCCUGUACCAUCGCGAGAAGAGGAUAGGGAUUGAUUUGGUCCAUGACAACGUGGAGAAAAACCUUAUCCGGGAAGUAGAUUUGCUCAAAUGUUGCCAAGAUCAGAUGAGAAAACUAGCUCAAAGAAUUGAUAUCCAGAUGCGGGAUAACCGAGAUUCUCAGCACGCCCUGGAGAGGGACCUCGAGGACAAAAGCAGGGCCCAGUUUAUCGAUGAGAAGUGCUUCAACCUGAGGAACACGUCAGACUGCAUCAGCUUCUUCCACGGUGUGGAGAAAGUCGAUGGCACGAUCUCCGUGCCCGAGACCUGGACCAAGUUCAGUAACGACAACAUCAGGCACUCGCAGAACAUGAGGGCCAACUCCAUCCGGCUGCGGGAGGAGGCCGAGAGCCUCUUUGAGACCCUGUCGGACCAGAUGUGGGAGCAGUUCACCAACACCAAUCUGGCCUUCAACGCCCGCGUCUCCGAGGUGACAGACGUGAAGAACAAGCUGCAGACGCAGCUGGCGAAGACUCUGCAGGAGAUUUUCCAGGCAGAGAACACCAUCAUGCUGCUGGAAAGGGCCAUCGCGGCCAAGGAGUGCCCGCUGAAGGUGGCGCAGACCAGGCUGGAGUGCCGGACCCGACGCCCCAACGUGGAGCUGUGCAGAGACAUCCCGCAUUUCAAGCUCGUGAACGAGGUGUUCACCAUCGACGACACCCUGCAGACCCUCAAGCUGAGGCUGCGGGAGACCCAGGACACGCUGCAGCUGCUGGUGAUGACCAAGUGCCGGCUGGAGCACGAGCUGGCCAUCAAGGCCAACACGCUCUGCAUCGACAAGGAGAAGUGCAUGGGCAUGCGCAAGACUUUCCCCUGCACCCCACGCCUGGUGGGCCACACCUGAGCCGCCGCCCCUGGCCCCGAGCAUCCUGCUCUGCACUGGUCCCUGAUGCAGCAUAAACUUGAAAAGGCAGAGAAACUAAAUAAAAGAAAGUGUCAUUUUCUCCCUUUCCUCCUAUCAUGAAAAAUAUAUAUAUAUAAAGAGCCAAAAUAAAUGUGCCCAAACCACAGAUCCUGGGGCUCAUUCCUUGCUGCAGAACCAGCCUCGUGAGAGAUCCCAGGAGGAGACAGACUGUGGUUCCCUGGGGAUGGAGCAUUGCGAGGUUCUCAGCUUCCCCAGGAAUGGAAGAGGCAGCAUUAUUUUUUCACCUAUGUGUCCGUUUAGGAGCACAGUAUAGAUCAUGGCGUCCAAAGACAGGACACCGGAGCUGAGAGUCCAGAGACCACCUGUCACUGAGGCGCUGUGUGGCCUUGAACAAGCUCCCAACCAGAGCAUCCUCAUCUAUAAGAUAAGGACAGUCCAAGCUGGAGGUGACUGUCAGCCGUGUGGGGCAGUGUCCAAAAAUAGGAUUUGGAGUCGGCAAUCCUGGGUUUGAAUCCAGCUUUGCUAAAUGAGGUGUCUUAGAAAUUGCUCUGGGAGAAGAAGGAGGCAAAAUCAAUUCUGUAGAUGGGGCGGGAGGAAGCAGGUAAGGGUUGAGGGAAAGUUCUGCGAAGAAGUGACAUUGCUUCACAAAGUUAAGCAUGGAGCUGCCAUACGACCCAGCAAUGCUGCUCCUGGGUGUAUAACCAAGAACAUUGGAAACAGAUUCUCAAACACAUACUUGUACACAAUUGUUCAUAGCAGCACUGAUCACAAGAGUCAAAAAGUGGAAACAACCAAAAUGUCCAUUAGAGAGUGAAUGAGACACCAGAUGUGGUCCACCCAUGCAAUGGAAUAUUACUCAGCCAUGAAAAAGGAAUGAAGCAUUGACACAAAAGGCCACGUAUGAAUCCAUUCAUAUGAAAUGUCCAGAUUAGGCAAGUCCAUCGAAAUAGCAGAUUGAUGGUUUCCAGGAAAGGAGAAUGGGAAGUGACUGCCUAGUGGGUGCAGGGUUUUUGGAGUAAUGAAGAUGUUUUGGGACUAGACAGAGGUGAUUACACAACAUUGUCAAUGUGCUAAAUGCCAUAGAAUUGUUCACUUUAAGUGGUUAAUUUUAUGUUAUGUGAAAUUCACCUCAAUUAUUCAAGAGAAAAAAGAAGGGCUGUUGAGCUGAGUCUCGAAUGCCGAGGAUGUUGAGGCAGUUGGGUGGGGCUUCCGGUGAGAGGAACAGCGUGGAUAAAGGCAGGGAGCCACAGUCCUGGAGGAGAAGCCCUUGGAGAGGCUUGUGAAUCAUCUGGAAGGGUUGGCUGAGGCCAGAUCACGAAGGACAAAUAGUUAAGACUUUUUUCCUGAGGUCGGUGUUUCCCAAACUUCGUCAUUCACGUCAGCGCUCCCCAAGUUUAACGUGCCUGCGCACAUCGCCCGGGGACCUUGUGACGUGCAGAUUCUGAGCCAGCAGGUCCGAGGUGGAGCCUGAGGUUGAGUUCCUGCCGAGCUCCCGGGUGAGGCUCACAGUCCAGGGGCCACACUUGGAGUAGCAAGAAUUCCAAUAUCACUCCCACAACUUUUGCUUUAACCAAGGACUGCCUUUCCUAUUAUUCACUCAACCUUUUAGAUUGUUGCACUUAAAAAAAACCAAAAACUUAUUUUCAAGGCAAAUUUAUAGCGUGACUGUAAACAGGAAACCUGCUGUGCCCGGUGUCAAACAACAAAUAUUGCUAGUGAUGUCUGCUUGGGUCAUAUUGUCUGAAGCCUUCUCUGCUUUUGUUCGAAAGGGAGAUCGCAAGUCUUAAAGAGACGUUAAAGACUUCUUAGCAUCCAGUGGAGACUCCGUCCUUGAGGGGAGUUUGCUUGAAAGAGGAUAGAAAAGUCAAUUUUCCUACAAAUGAGUUUCAAUGCUAUUUAAAGCCUUGAACACAUCACACUUGCAGGCACUAGGAAGCCCAUAGGAUUUUUAAGAUGGGGAUUUGAGGCGACUAGAUUAAUGUUUUAGAAAUAAUUCUUCUAUGCAGAGGAGAAGGAAGUUGGGGAGACCAAGGUGUUAGAAUUUGAGGCACGAGAUGCAGGGGGCCAGGAUUAGGACAGGUGCGUGGGGAACAUUUGUGAGGCUGAUGCCCAGAUCCUAAGAGUGUGGAUUGUAAGGGGCAAAUGGGAGACGUGGAUGGGGCAGAGAUGCCAGGCUUGGGCAGCUCGUGCUUGGGGAUGCUGUGCCCUUGAGGAGGAGAGUGAGGGGGGCAGUAGAUGGAGACCAAGAGAAGUCCACAACUUCUCUUUCACACGUGGUGUUUGAAUCCUCAUCCCAGGGAUGUCCUGGCGUACAUACCUGAAAGGCAAGUGGAAAUGUGGUCAUGGAGCUCACGAGAGAGGCUGGAGAAGCUAUGCCUGGGGAUCCAGGAGAUGACCGAAGGCUCAGGAACAGAUGGGCUGGUGCACGGAGAUCCUGAAGAGUGAAAGAGAGGUCCACUGGUGGGAUGUGAUGCUGGGGAGGGCAGAGGACCAAGAGGGGAACAGGGAAGCAGACAGACGCUGGAAGAAGCAACGUCAAGGGGACCGCAGAAAGUUGCAAGAGUGAGGAUGUUCAGAUGAAGAAGAAAGAAAGUCUCUUGGAAGCAGGCAUCCUAAAUAAUACCAUUGUAGGGGAGGAAGAAAUUUUCCUCUACCCUCUAGGUUCUUCUGGCUGGUCUAAAAAUUAAAUUGACAUGAGACAGAUUAACAGGAGAAAAUCUAAUUUAAUUCCAUACAUACGGGAACCUCACAUACAGGAGGGGGUCAGAGACAGGAAGGUAAAGGGAGGUAUUUAUGCCAUCUUGAGCCAAGGAAAGGAAGAGGGGCCCGGCGCUUCAGAGGGGAGGAGGGUAAUUCAGAGGACGAUAAGAAGAGCAGAUGUUCAGUAAUAAGAGGUUUGCCCUGCCAUUCAGAUCGGUCAUAAAAAUUUAUUUCUGGUCAUAACUCUUAUUAUGGGCAAGGCCCCCAAUUUAAAUUCUUUAAGGGAGAGGUAAAAGUUUCUUUUGAGCUUGCAAGGUCUCGAUUACCUUUAGCUCAAAAUAUCCCACAUGCCAAAGUGGCACGUCUUGGGGAGGCCUGUUCUGAACCCCUUCACCAUUGACCUGGGGACCCACUGGCGUACGCUUGGGGAGAGCAAAUUGGCACUGUGUGUCAAGAGCCUUAGAAAUAUCCACAGCCUUCCAUGUGUGAAGGUCUGUCUUAAGACUCUCUUGUUAGAAAACUAUCCCAAACGCAGACUCAGAUGUAUGCGUUCAAGAAUUAUUUAUCAUAGGAAACCUCUGGAAGUUAUGUCCAACAGCAGAGAGCAGCUAAGUAAAAUGUAGCACCACCAAGUCAUGGAAUUUGGAGUAGCUGCGAAAAUGACACUCACCAAAUCCUUGCAUGCUGAAGGAGUGUGCUCGUACCCAGCAGAGUACAAAAUGGUGAUUAGAACCUGUUCUCAAUUGUUCCAAACGUGCACAGGAAAAAAGACUGCAUUGAAAUGCCCUGGAAUGUUAACAGAGUCGACGUAAGCAACUGCCGGUUUCUUAUUUGUUUAUAUUAUGAAUUAUCUAUGGUGAACAUGUGUUCCUUUAUUAAUUAGGAGGAAAUGCUUUUCUAAAUAGACUUUUCAUUUUGCCGUAGUUUUAGAUUUAUAGAAAAGUUGCAAAGACGACACGGAGAGUUCCUGUGUGCCUUUCCCCCACCUUCCCCGAUGUUAAUAUCUUAUACAACUGUUUGCUGUGGUACCUUUGUCAAAACUACGAAAUUAACAGGGGAGCAUGACUAUUAACUAAACUCCAGAAUUUGUUUUU